AUGUUAAAUUUUGAAAAUGAUCUUUUCCUAUGUGGUAUUUACAUACCCCCUGAAAACUCAAAACAUUUUGAAAGUGAGAUAUUUGAAAACUUAGAAGACGAGAUAACCUCAUUCUCUGCAAAAGGAGAUGUGUUAAUUAUUAGUGAUUUUAAUGCUAGAACUAGUAAACUUGAUGAUUUCAUCUCUAACGAAGAAAACCAACAUUUACCAGACCACACACAAGACAACACUGAUGAAAAAACUAGAGAAAAUUUUGACAGCAUUAUCAAUAACCAUGGUAAAAACCUAAUACAAAUCUGUAAAAGCUGUGACUUACGAAUUCUAAAUGGCCGAACAAAAGGAGACUCGCUUGGAAAACUUACCUUCCAGGGGAUGAGGGGUAUAAGUGUAAUUGAUUAUGCUAUUUGCAAUACUAGUCUCAUGAAAAGCAUUAACUCCUUCAUUGUGAAACCCCCAAGCUAUCUUUUCGACCAUAUAGCCAAAUUACCACAUGGAUUAAUACUAAGAAAACUAUUGAUACAAACCACUCCAAUAAUACAUGCAACCCUAACUUUUCUCAUAAACUCCCAAACCAAUUCAUUUGGGACAAUAACUCUUUUAGAACCUAUUCAGAUUGCCUUAAAUCACCAAACAUCCAAGAAAAAAUUCAAAAUUUUCUGAUUAAUGAAUAUCCAUCCAAUAGUGAUGGAAUCAAUAAUUGUUUAAAUGAUUUUGAAGACAUCAUCCUAGAAGCAGGAAUGAAAAGUCUUAAGAUUAAGAAAGUAACCCGGCGUAGGAAGAUUAGAAAUACUGCCAACAAAAAAUGGUUUGACAAAGAAUGCAGAUUUAAAAGACACACAGUUCGGAAAAUAGCAAACAAAAAACAUAAAGAUCCACAAAAUCUGAACUUACGAAAUAGCUAUCAUGAAAGUUUGAAAGAUUACAAAAAUACUCUUAGACUAAAGAAAGAUGAGUUCUACCAACAAAAACUCGAUGAGUUAGAAUCAGCAGCUGAAAAAAACCCACAGUCAUUCUGGAAAGUGCUAAAAACAGUAGAUGAUGACAUAACAAACACAACACCCAACAAUAUACCUGAAUCACAAUGGUAUUCACAUUUUCAAACCCUACAUUCAAAACACAAUCUUAAUACAGAACAGCAAGAAAUACUAAAAGAACUACAUAGACAUGAAGAAAAUUUGAGCCAGCAUGAUAAAUUAGAUCUACCAAUAUCAGAAACAGAAAUUAGAAAUGCUACCACAAAAUUAAAAAGAAACAAGUCCACAUACUCUGAUAGGAUAAAAAAUGAUAUGCUUAAAUACAAUAUAAAUUUUAUGCUCCAGGCCUACGUUAAACUUUUCAACCUGAUCCUAAAAGCAGGAAUCUUUCCAACACAAUGGUGUGAGGGACUAAUUACAUCUAUCUUUAAAUCUGAUGACAGGUCGGAUUGUAAUAAUUAUAGAGGAAUAUGUGUGUCGAGUUGUCUUGGGAAACUUUUCUGUCUCAUUCUUAAUGAGAGACUACUGAAAUUCACCAAAGAGAAUGACUUGAUACACCCAUCACAAAUAGGAUUUCUACCCGGCCACAGAACGGCAGAUCACAUCCUUACUAUAAAAACUUUAACCGAUAAAUAUGUUAACCAGAAAACGAAUGGACGACUAUAUAUACAUGUUUUGUCGAUUUCAAAAAAGCUUUCGACUCGGUUUGGCAUGACGGAUUAUACUUAA